CUCGAGGGCGCCGUAGCACCGCGAAAUUUAAAAACCAAAACAUUGAAGUGUGCAAAGAGUUAUUGUCAAGGUUAAAAAGUAUUUAAUAAUUGUUUAAUCUCUCCUGGCAAAAAUGUUUUUAACGUCUCGAAAAAUUCUACAAGAAUCUUGGAGCUGGCGCAGCUUUGUAGCGAGGAGACAAAGGAUAAGUAAUGCAACCGCAGCGGACGAACAACCACACGAAAGUGACGAUUCAACAACUUCAGGCUCUGCAGAUGACAAUCCAUACCUUGCCGACUUUGAAAAACAUUAUAUUCCUUCAACGCCAGCUCAAAAGCUGAUUUUGUCAGCUGGCUCAGCAAUAAUCACGCUUUUGAACCCAGGACGGCCAGAUGCUCUCGGAGUGUUUGGUGAGACUUCUGGGCAACUGGCAUUGCAGAGGAUGCACGAAAAAAUGAUGGCAAGCAACGAAGGUCAGCAGAUUUUGCUUGAAAAACCCCGAAUCAACUCAAGAACUGUUGAUCUCGAUGCGCUUAAGAAACUUCCACCAAACACUUUUGGUCGGGCUUACAUCAAGUUUCUGGAAGACAAUAAAGUGACUCCAGAUACCAGGACGCCUGUCCAGUUUGUUGAUGAUAUUGAAUUAGCGUAUGUGAUGCAGAGGUACAGAGAAGUUCACGAUUUAGUCCACACCGUCCUUGGCAUGCCAACAAACAUGCUAGGCGAAGUUGCUGUGAAAUGGGUGGAAGGAAUCCAGACUGGUCUGCCAAUGUGCAUGAGCGGUGCCAUCCUUGGACCCUUGCGUUUCAAAACAAAACAAAGGCAACGCUAUUUAAAGUCAUACCUUCCGUGGGCUCUUUCAACAGCAAAAAAUGCAGAAUUUCUGCUUAACGUUUAUUAUGAAAAACGUUGGGAACAACCUAUGGGCGAACUUCUUCGAGAAAUCAAGAUUGAGCCCUUCAUUGAAAUUUAAUUAAAUAUAAAGUGAUUUACUUUAACUUUAACAGAAUUACUAAUGCUUAA